GGAUUCCUCUGUUAGAUCCGACCCGACCCGACCCGGCUAAGUAAUAUUUUUAGAGAGAGAUAGAGAAUCGAGAGAGAGAGAGAAAUGGCGGCGGUGAUGAAUGAGCUAAAAAUAUUUGUUGCUCAAGAACCCAUCCUUGUUGCUGCUUGUUUCAUUUGUUGUGUUGGUCUAUUUGUUCCUGCUGUGGUGAAACCUAUGUUGGGUUCGUUAGAACCAUCUAAGCAAGCCCGUCAACCUGCCUUAAACGAUGUGGUUGCAGGCAUGACUGGUAAAAAGUAGUGAUGAGAUAUCGGAUGGAUUUGUACUCUCAUGUCUUCUAGAAAUACAAGAGCCCUAUUAUCCAAGGCAUACAGCUUUUCAUCAGAUGUGCAAUACUUAGCUCCUGGACAUCAAAUCGCCCGACCACUAGGCCAUUUGAACAAGCUAGAAUUGGGGACGCGUAUGUGGAGUCAGAUAUGCAUGAGGUUGAAAUGUGACCUAGUGGGAUACUUGGAUUUUGAAAGCACCGGUGAUCUUCACUCGUCCAUCACUCCCACUUGAAGUUAAGCAACGGAAGGUUUUCACGCUGUCCCCAACAUUGUUCUCCAACGAUACCUCCUCGAGGGCUGCAUUCGUGGCAAUCAUCACUUAGGGCGAAUGACUUUCCUCUUCUUAUGCAGUUAGCUCGACUCCGUAAAAUGUGAAUAAAGUCCUCAUGUGAAAGUUCAUUUCCGGCAAUUGAAACCGGUCCACCAUCAAUUGUCUAUCCAUAAUGUGAGGCCAUACGACCAUACGUGACGCACUCAACCAUUGUGGCUUUUAGGGUGCCUGAGUCUAAUCCCAAAACCUUCUACUAUUUGUGACAAAGAUGUCUGCACAUAAAUUGAGCUACACGUCAUUAGUAUAUUGUUAUAUAUAAAUGUGAUUUAUUGUUCAGUA